CGACCAUUUGUCGAGACUUCUUUCCCGUCAGCCGCAGUUCCAAAAUCUGCUGCAAGUAAUACGUCCCAUCGCCUUACAUGAAGCCAGAAGCAACCAUGAGGGUCAUAUUCUUUGUCAUAAUGACAAUGGUCACAGCCAAGGCUUUUAUUCUGCCUGGUACGCCUGAACAGCUCACGAUAAUGGACCACGAACAAAAUCAAGAAACAACAGCAGUCGUAGACGAACACGGACUGGAACACUUAGGCAAACCUUUCACCACUAUGCCUUUUACUGGCACGAUUGGUCUCAACAUUUAUCGCGUGCAAGGACGGAAAAGCCAUCACGGCAGCAGGUCCUUGUACCAGUUUACACCGGCGGCCAUUUUGGACAUGUCAACUAUAACACAGUGGUACAGCGGCGUCAACAGCCAACACAACGUUGGCUUCCGCGUACAAAUGUGGAACGAGACUAUUCAGCAAGCUGUGGCUUCUCAUUUGAGUCAAAUUACCGGAAGGAAGAUCCGUACGUACCAAGUCCAGUCGAUCCCAUUCGAUCGCGUCAUGUUGAAAACACACAGCGAUGAUGACGAACGUUACCAAACGGCUUAUCCAUGGGUUCCUUACACGGAAACUGUGGGCUUCAGUUUGCCGUGUUUCUACAAAAUCGAAUGUCAGCAACUUGCUGAACAAUUAAAAAACGAACCCAAUUUGUUUGAUCGUUUCAAGCUGGCUUACAGCAUUGAUAGCAGACGACGCACAGAAACUAAAAAUAUCAAAGUAACGCAAGAGAUGAUGACGCAGACGAAUCAAUUGUUUAGUCAGAUUAGCAAACGUUUCACGAGGACAAGUGAAAUAUUGCUCACCGUCAAUGAUGCUCACCGUCUGUUAUGGAACGCCGUGUCAGACAUUGUCCGACAAAAUUUCCAGGAUGAACCGGAAGCCGUGAUUCCAAGAGAGUCCCACAAAAUCAUUUUUGAUCAGUUGGAGAAAGCCACUGUGGCUGCUAAACUAACAAUUUCCACAGCAGAGGAUGCAAGAUGGAGCACAGUCUAUUGGGAAGAUCCCCUCAGUCGUCCCGAUGCCAUUGCCAGGUCACUCAAUGAACGCAAACGCCAGUUACUUCGUCACGAUGAGCUUGGCAGCGACUUCGGUAGUCAUCAGGAGACGAUUUCAUCUAAAGACUGGAAAAGCCAAACCCAGGAAGCUAUUGACGACCUGUACGAGCAAAACAAAGAUUUGGUCACUUUCAAUGGCGAACGAUUCGUCCCGAAGCCCAUCCAACUGUACAGAAUCAAAUUGAUCGCCAUUCGUGAACAUCGUAUCUGGAAAGAUGUCGAUCAUAUUGAAGUGCCUUAUCAUCCACGAGUUGAAUUGACUGGACCUAUUAUUCACGCGGGUUCCACUUCUUCUAUGGCACUUUUACCUUUACCAUCAGAUGUGGAUCACGAUGACUUUCGAGAGGAAUCUGACGAUAAACAGAGUGUUAUAUCUCGAUUGAUUUCUGGUCAAACCUUAAUUGUAAGAUUGAAGAAUGCACGUACUGGCGAAUAUUUGUAUCCUGGUUCAGACGAAUUCUCACAAGACGCUAAACGACGUCGAGUAUUUACUUGGCGCAACAAGGACGAACCUCUUGGCCCAUGGGCCGAAUGGCGUCUCACUGGAUUAUGGAGAGCUGGAAUUUUCCGCGUCCGGUUUACCAGCUUGCGUUACCCAGGAGAAUAUCUUUAUCCUUCGGCUGACGAAUUUUCUUACGACAAGGAACGUCGUCGGGUUUUCACAUGGCGCCAGAGCAGUAAUCCAGAGGACGUACAUACUUGGGCCGACGGUGCAGCUGAUUGGCUCUUAGACACGUAUCGUGUCAAUACGGAACAAUUUCCAAACCGUUACGCCCUAUUCAACCCGAAACGACGAGAAUAUCUUUACGUUGCUCCUGAUCAACUAGCCCUUGAUGAGACACGUCAUCGCGUCUUCACCUGGCGUGGUGCCGAAAACGAAGUCUGGGUCGGACUCAAAAAUCAAUGGGAUGUUGAAAUUGUACGCUCAUUGUAAUAUCAGCCCUCUCUUUGAUUUGUUCUGUGAAGUUUUUUCCCCGUUUGUUAUGUAGUUUUGUUUUUUCAAGGCGCAACAAACAGCAAAUAUACUUGUAUAAGCUCCACCACCAUUAUC